AUGAUUUCAACGGUCCAGAUAUCCCCAGAUCGUCCUCACAUACUCCUUGUACUACCUAAUUCGUACCUAACAAAGCAACAUCAGAAAAAAAGCUAGAGAGAGAGAGAGAGAGAGAAGAGAGAGAAAUUGAAAUUGAAAACCUCUCCUCCCUUUUUCUCCCUCUACCCCGGAUCGUAACCCACCCGAGUCGCCGCCGCGAGAUGGAGGGAGUGGGGGCCCGGCUCGGCCGCUCGUCGACCCGGUACGGCCCGACGUCCACCGUAUUCAACGGCCCCGUGAGGAAGUGGAAGAAGAAAUGGGUGUCGCCGCCGUCGUCCAACAAUAACAAUAAUGCGUCCUCGAAUCACCACCACUCUCAUCAAUCUAGUACUAAUAACAAUAGUAACGGCUCUUCUCACCUCCUCCUUUACAAGUGGACCCCAAUUUCCCAAAGCCAAAACGGCAACAGCAAUGGCGACAAGAGCUCCCCCCAACACGCCGCCGCCGUAGAGGAGCCGCCCAGGCGUAAAUUCAAGUAUAUUCCGAUUGCUGUGCUAGAAGAACAAAGAAAUGAGGCUGAAGAUGAAGCUAAAGCAAGUGAUAAACCCGACAUUAACAAUGGUGUGGACGACAAACCUGACAUUAAUGAUGUGCCUAUGGAAGAAUCUCAGCCACCGGAUGAUACUCCAUUGGCAAGGCAAGAUCUGAAUGUAAGCACUUUGGACCUAAGUCUAGGCUUGAAGGCCAGUGAUGGUGACGCAGAUUCUGAUGAAUAAGAAGAUUAACAGUAAAGACACACUUCAAUAGUAGCGCAGGGACAUAAUGGGAUGAGUUUUUUAACAUAAUUUUGACUCAAAAGAGAACAUCAUUAGAAGUGGGCUAUUGGUCUGUACCUGUAAUACAAAUGCGGGUUCUUCCUUCUGUUUUCUGUAACGUCUUCUUAGAGAAGGUGAAUAUUGAAGAGGAUUAUGUUUGUAAACUUCAUUCUUCAUUUGAUGCUCCCUUUGUUGAGCCGAUUGCGAUUUGUAUCGGAUUCUUGUAUUGAGAGAGAGAGACAUUUAUUUAAUACUGUACCAAUUGGAUGGAGCAAUGUUGGACUCGGAUUUUUCUUGGCUUCUUAAUACAUUUUUUUCCCCUGUUA